AUGCCUAUCAAGGUGCGAAACCGCUGGAAACCGGAUCUCGAAACUGCAGCCAGACAGCUCUUUCAGAUACUGAAAGAUCACAAUAAUGCUACCGUCCAAGAGAUGGUGGACAUGUCCAACACCUACUGCUACCAGAAUGCACAUGCUUCGAGUGAAACCGAAGAUGAAGAAGAGAACGAAGAAUUUGUUCCGACCCAUUUUCCAACCUGUCCUUCCUGUUUCGUCAUUGUCAAUCAUGAUGGGUAUCUGCAGGAAUUCGACAAUGCCAUAGAAAAACUACAAUCAGACGGGCUCCUUGUGGAAACGACGCUUUGCACAGAAUUGGACACACGUUCAUCGGGUACACCUUCAAACGAUGUUAUAUCAACUAUACGCAAAGUCGAACAGGUUAUGCAUUUGUCCAAACACGCCUUGUACCGUGGUCAAAUUUAUGCCAGACCGAAUACAGCCCAGUUUACGUACAAUCAGCCUAAUGGAUUGUUUCGAGCUAUUUGA